AUGUCCAGCAAUAUCAUCACCACGGGUUCAGACCCUCCAGGAACGAACUACCCCGUCUCCGCCAAUGCCAUUACGCUCCCCAUAUUCUCCAUAAUCUUCAUCAUCCUCCUCAUCGUACCCUUCCGCCUCCUUUACCGCGUCAGCAACAUCGCAGCAUGCUCUCUCGUCAUCAUCAACAUCAUCUCCCUAAUAUUUGUCGCCAUGAACGCCAUCAUUUGGCCCACCGACAAUCUCUCUAACCGCUGGUCCGGCCACAUCGUCUGCGAUAUCCAAGUCCUCGUUCGUCAGGCGCUUUAUACGGCAAUGGCAUCUACCACAUGUUGCAUCACGAAGUUCUUGGCAAGAGCCGUGGAUACGGAUAAUGCUUGUUUACAUGAGACGGCAGCGAUGAAGAGGAGAAAGGUCAUCAAGGAUUGUUUGUUUUGCUUCACAAUUCCCGUAUUGCAGGUCGCGUUGCAUUAUGUAAUUCAGUUGAAUAGAUAUACGGUUAUGACUAUUUAUGGGUGUGUGGAUGCGACGGAUUUGAGUUGGCCUAGUAUUGUAAUUGUGCAUAUCUGGCCGCCGAUUUUCGCAUGUUUGAAUGUUUACUUUGCGGUCCUAGUAAUCUGCCGACUCCGCCGCCACCGCACAAACUUCACCAGCACGCUCUCCUCCUCGAACUCAGGCCUCAGUCCCCGUCGCUUCCUCAAACUCUUCUCCAUGUCCGUCGUCCUUCUCGUCAUCUAUUUCCCCGUCGUAAUAUACUACUUUUACCUCAACGUCAGCUGGCCUCUACAAGCGUAUUCCUGGUCUCGCAUCCACGACCCACUCUUCUGGCAUCUCAUUGUAUUUUGGCGAAUAGCCGAUGGCCCCUCGGGAAUGCAAUAUGAUGCGUGGAAUUGGGUUGCGUUUGCUCUUAUGAUCUUCCUAUUUUGGGGUUGUAAUAGUGAAGGAGGAGAAAUCUAUAGGAGGGGGUUGGUCAAACUUGGAUUGGCGAGAUGGUGGCCCAGAUUGAGAAUGACGUUGCAAGAGAGGAGAGUGGAGAAAAUGGAGAGGGAGGGUAGGACGGGUAUGAGUACAAUGGGGAGCUGGACGGGAAAGUUCGAUUUGAUUAGUAAGACGAUGCAUUAUUUUGAGAAUAAGGAGGCUCAGUCGAGGAAACAGAGUGUGGCUACGGCGACUACGUUGAAUGAUGGAGAUAUGACACGCACCUCCACCCGCAAAUUCUCUCACGCAACCCAGCCCGAUACAAACAUCCAUCCCUCCACUCACUCCGGCUAUAAUUCCCGCACCGCGACCGCUUAUAGUCCCUCCACCCAUAAGCCCUCCAUCGCCACAGCCAGCAUCAACGAAAACGACAUUUCCUAUUCCUCAUCCGCACCUACAUGUGCAGAUCCAGAUGUCAUCACCGCUAUACCGAGAACUCUCUCCCCGGAAACCAUCUACUCGCACAUUCCGCACAUCGAACAUUCUGGGGCUGAGGAAAUUACUAUUCCUGCUCCUACAUCUGCACCUGUGUCUCGUAAGGGAAUAUUUGGCGUAUUCAGAACGCAUGUUAAUCCGCUUCCUCUUGGUGCUUUCCUUGCUCGUGGUAAGGGUUCGGAUUUCAAUUCUUCAUCUGCGUUUACUGGUCGACAUGGGGAUUCUCAUUCUCGGUCUGGAGACAAAACUAAAAUCCACACCUCGAGCAAUGAAAAACAAGUUCCUGUUUCUCACUUCUCGGACGAUAAUAUGAAUACGGCGACUACACUAACGACGCAAAUCUGGUCCGCGAAUAAUACGCAUAGAUCUUCGGAUGCGGGAUUAUUAGUUUCGGGCGAGUGUGAGGGUGAGAGUGUUGUGGAUGAUCAUGGGAAUGGAAAUGGAGCUAUGGAUAUCGAUGAGGAAAAAUAUGAUCAAGAAGAUAUUUUGACAUCUCCAAGACCGGGAACCAGAGCUUAUAGGGAGAGGGAACGAAGAGAAAUGAUUGCGGAGAGAGAAGAGAGGAAGAGAGAUAGGGAGGGAUUGAAUGUUAAGCGGACGUUUGAGGUUGUGGAGGAGAGGGAGAGUGUUUCUAGUGGUUGUGCUGAGGGUUCUUGA